AUGCUUCAACUUCAGGGUAUUUUUGCCACUUCUAUCCAUCGACCUGCAGAAUGGGAUCACCAGCAGCAGGUCAUUAUGGCCUGGCCAUCUGCCGAGAAUGGUGCAUAUGGCAAUGAUUUGGCCGCUAUCACCCGUGAUGUUUCCAGAAUUGUUGAGGCGGUGGCUCAAUUUGAGCCAGUGACAUUGUUGGUCACCCCGGAUCGACACAAGGAGGCAAAGAAACGAUUCAACAAUGAGACAGGUGACAUCGAAAUACGACCUGUCCAUGAUUAUCCCAAGCUUGACCUCUGGAUGCGUGAUAUGGCACCAACCUUUGUUUUCAACGAAUCGCAUCUUUCUGGAGUUGACUAUAACUUCAAUGGCUGGGGUAACAAAUACCCCGUGGAGGCAAAUUUUUCCCUUGCAUCCCAAAUCCUCCACGAUAUCCGAAAGCCUCGAAUUACAACCUGGCUUGUAACUGAGGGUGGCUCGAUUGAAGUCGAUGGAGAGGGUACUCUUCUGAUCACCGAUAGCUCGAUUGUGAACAAAAACCGGAAUCCAGGAAAGAGUCAGAAGGAAAUUGAGGAUGAGCUACGGAAAACGCUUGGUAUCUCAAAGAUUAUCUGGCUGCCAGGUAUCAAGGGUGCCGAUAUUACGGAUGGCCAUGUUGAUGGUCUCGCGCGUUUUAUUGCGCCUGGGAAAGUCGUUCUCAGCAAGCCGAAUGUUCUUGACGAUAGUGAAUUCACCAUGGUGUACAGAAAGGCCCGUGACAUCCUGUCUAAUGCGACAGAUGCUAAAGGCCGGCACCUUGAAAUCACUGAGAUCGUUGAGGCAGAUCUACACUCGCUUGGGUUGGAUCGACGUACCCUGAAGGAGAUCGAAGAUGGCCAGGAGGAUUAUCCUUCAUUGACUUAUGUCAACUGGCUACUUGUGAACAACGGCGUUAUUUUCCCCCAAUUUGGAGACAAAAAGGCAGAUUCCGCGGCCUUGAAGAUAAUCCGUGAGUUGUACAAGGAUCGCCAAGUGGUCACUGUGCGUCUCGAUGAGUUGCCUUUUGCCGGUGGAGGUAUUCAUUGCUCUACGCAGGAGGUUCCUAUUGCUGGUCGAACUCCGCCAAGUCAGCGAAAAGAGGGCUCUGGCUCUUGCUCUCCCCAGUAA